CAACUCCAUGUAGUAAGCACAAAGGUUGAUUAACUCCGAGAUAGAGAGAAAGAGAGAGAGAGAGUCCUGUUCAAAAAAAAAAAACUGAGAGAGAUGGCACACUUCCCAGUGAUCAACAUGGAGAAGCUCAAUGGUGAAGAGAGAGGAGCUACAAUGGAGACAAUCAAAGAUGCUUGUGAGAACUGGGGUUUCUUUGAGUUGGUGAACCAUGGAAUCCCACACAAGCUAAUGGACACUGUAGAAAGUUUGACGAAGGGUCACUACAAGAAAUGUAUGGAGCAGAGGUUCAAGGAACUAGUGGCAAGCAAAGCUCUAGAGGGUGUCCAAGCAGAAGUAACUGAUAUGGAUUGGGAAAGCACCUUCUUCUUGCGCCAUCUUCCUCAGUCAAACAUCUCAGAAGUCCCUGAUCUAGAUGAUGAGUAUAGGAAGAUUAUGAAAGAAUUUGCAGCAAGAUUGGAGAAACUAGCAGAGGAGCUUCUUGACUUGCUCUGUGAGAACCUUGGCCUAGAGAAAGGUUACCUGAAAAAGGCCUUUUAUGGAUCAAAGGGUCCAAAUUUUGGCACCAAAGUCAGCAACUACCCACCAUGUCCCCAGCCGGAGUUGAUCAAAGGGCUGCGAGCCCACACCGACGCCGGCGGCAUCAUCUUGCUCUUCCAAGAUGACACGGUCAGUGGCCUCCAACUCCUCAAGGACGGCCAAUGGGUAGAUGUUCCACCAAUGCGCCAUUCCAUUGUUAUCAACCUCGGUGACCAAAUUGAGGUGAUAACAAAUGGUAAGUACAAGAGUGUGCUACACAGAGUGAUUGCUCAAACAGAUGGCAACAGGAUGUCAAUUGCUUCAUUCUACAACCCAGGUAAUGAUGCUGUUAUCUACCCUGCACCAACACUGGUGGAGAAGGAAACAGAGGAGCACAAACAAGUGUACCCAAAAUUCUUAUUCGAUGACUACAUGAAGCUAUAUGCUACCCUUAAGUUUCAGGCCAAGGAGCCAAGAUUUGAAGCCAUGAAAACCAGGGAAACUGAUCUUAAUCUGGGUCCAAUUGCCACUGCUUAAAUGUCAAUUCUAAUUUUAUGGAGUCAUGUCUAUGUUGGUGGGUGGGUGGUUGGGGGGUUGUUGAAGAUUUGUUUCUAGAGAAUUAUAGCUUAGUAGCUUACUCUAGAUGAGUGUCCUUAUUAUUUGUUGUAAGUUACCAAAAGAAUAUCUGUUACAAUUUUAUGGUAUGAAUAAAAAUGUGUCUACUGUUCUGAUCCCAAGAUUAUUUUUCCUUUUUUCAAUUGUUUGGUGGAUCCA